AUGCCCCUCACAACGUACCACCUCUCCUCGUCUACCAAAGGCCUCUCUAGCAUCACGACGCUUAUCGUCGGCACUGAGGAAGCAGUCCUCAUCGAUCCUCCAUUUCUCAAGCCUGAUGGAGAAGCCGUAACAUCCUGGAUUAAGAAAACCAGCUCUAAACCGCUGAAGGCCGUCUUUGUCACGCAUCACCACCCUGACCACUUCUUCUCCGCAAACUCGAUCUUUGAGGCCUUCCCGGAAGCAAAGUUCUACGCUGCCCCGUAUGUCCUGGCCGGGAUAAACAGGGAGUACGAGGAUAAAGUGAAGUACUGGCCGUCAGUGUUUGGAGCGGAGAAUGUCCAUGUCGCACCGCGACGGCCUGAGGCGUUCGAUUUCAGCUUCUUCGUUCUGAACGGAGACCCCGCUAGUCCCGUUGUAUUGCUAGGCCCGCUGCAGGGCGACAGUGUUGACCAUACGCUGUUCUGGCUACCGAGCGAGAAGACGAUAAUCACCGGGGACGCCGUCUACGGACGGAGCACUCAUGUUUGGGUCGAAGAAGUCGAAACCCCAGCGCUGUUGGAGGCAUGGAACAAGACCCUCCGUCUAAUCGCCGCACUGCAACCGACCAAGCUGAUCCCCGGUCACAUGGAGACCGGGUGGGAGUUGGACGCGCAAGAAGACCUCGCGCAUACGCAGCGAUACCUGGAUUUAUUCUCUGAAAAGGUCACGCAUGCACCAAAGAAGGCUUCCGUGCAGGAACUGUUUGAUUUCUUCAAGGGGCAGUUCCCGCAGUGUACGGAGAACCUUGAGUUCUUUUUAGGUCAUCUCAGUAACCAGUACGGCGAAGGAGGCCAGGUCUGGGAGGAAAAUCGGCAUCAUAAUGUCGGUGUCAGGACGGUGGAAGGGUUGAAUGGAUACUGGUUCAAGUAGACGCUUGCCUGUCUGUACUCCAUGGCAUAGCUUGGGUCCCCUGGCGGCGAGGUACGGUGGACACGCCCAAGGGCCAUUCAGUGUCGAGGCUAGUUUAUUAAAUGAGACGUGCCUGUAUUG